AUGGUGCACUCGCGAAGUCCACAAAGACACAAAGAAGCGAAAAAGAUUAUCCCUGGAGGUGGCGGACUGUUCUACUUUUCUCAGGGACCGUGCAAAAUUUACGGGCCUCUCGUUUGCUUCAUUCUGUAUAGCUUCAUGCUGCAUUGUUAUUCUCACACGUUCUGGAGUUUGUUAUUUUCGUUUGCAUACCGUUAUUAUGUAUUGGGAAAUCCUACACCAAAGACUCGCACCGUUGUAUUACUUCUUAUUCUAGUCUAUAUGCCGUCUUUCUUCCAAUUUAUAACAUUCUCAUUCGCUAGUGAUGAUGUGGAUGAGGUGAAAACUGCAAUGGCGAAGAUUUUCGAUUACGAUAUGAGCUCGGAAUGUGUGAGCGGUCAUGUCAGUAUUUUCAAAUGGAGAACAUUGUACACGAAUCUAUACAUGACACUGCCUAUAAUUCCUAUGUACAUUGCUAUUCUUAUUCUGAGAAGGCUCACAAUAGCCAAAUUACACGUUGAUACAGCCCUGUCAGAUAAGACUAAGCACCUGCACGGGCAGCUGCUUAAGGCUCUCACUCUUCAAGCUUGUCUGCCGAUAUUCUUCGUACUUGCGGCCGCCACGUACGCAAUUGGCCAGUUGGACAUCUACCAUCAUCCAGCCCUCCAAUAUUCGACAUUCAUUCUUCUUGACGGUCUCCCAAUGCUGAGUCCCGCCAUAUCAAUUUAUUUCAUUCGACCAUACCAUGUAUGGGAGAAACGGUUUUGCAGCCGUGUCUGCCUAUUCUACAACAAUAGUUCAGCAUCCCGUGAUGCUUCUCUUGAUCUCAAGUUCUAG